CAGGCAGCAAGCCUCCAACCAGCUGCAAGUUGAGAUGGUGUCUGGAAAACAAGGGAGUCAGUCCAGAUUUGGUCCAUCAAACAGAAUCUUGGAGCUGGCGCAGCACAAAACCUCAAAAUCUGUUUGGGCCACAACGCCAUGUGAGAAGCUGAGCUGGGGCAACCAGGAGCCAAUAUGGCCCCCCUCCACUUCUGCACUCCGAGCCUUUCCAAGCACAAGAAUCCAAUACCUAGCCAGGCACAAAAGGGACACCUCAGCAAGGGAGGACCACCGGAGGAAGGAGGAGGAGGAGGAGGAUGAGGAGGCGGCAAGCUUCUCCAGGAAGACCCAACGUCCUUCCUCCAAGGCAUCCCAGUACGAGCACAUUGUCCGCUUGUCAACACCCAAAACCAGGAGCUGCAGCUCCCAGGAAGCAGGGCCUCCUCACACACCUCAGUGUGAGAAUAACUGUCCUAUUUGGCACGUUGAUCCCAGCGUGAAAACGGCUGUGAUCACACCGCGCCUGCUGCAGCUCUCCAACCCCAAACGGAACCAUCCAGACUUCCUAAGCAACAGAGAGAGUGUUGCGUCCGUCGUUUCCUUCGCUUCCAAGACGGCUAAAAUCUCCCAACGACUGGUCCAGCUGUCGCUGCCCAGACUGAAGCAGAGCCACAUCUGCCACGAGCUCGGAGACCCGGUGGAAUCAAUCUGGACCGUGUCAAAGGCAGCGAGGAGAGCCACAGCGAGUGCUCGUGUUAAAAUGCUGGCGACACCAAAACAGCUUUCCACGGACUACAUCCCCCCACGAGAACCAGAGUGGGGCCGGAACAACGUCCUGUCCACCUGAGCCUCCUUAGGUGGACACCUUACUUAAAGGUAUCUACAUAAGAGUGACAUGACACUGUCAUGAACGU